CGUGGACUGAGCUGAUAGCCGAAUACCAUGCGAACCAGCUCAAUUGCUCUGCGCCUCCUGACCUACCUGAAAUCCUGGGGCUUAUCGUAAAGCUCUCUUGAAUAAGGUAUAUCCAGUGACCAUCCCACCAUGUCAACCCAUACCUUGUGUCUUUCUUUCGAGGUCAUGCUAGGUCGUCUAGCCUUGUACUUGGCGUAUUCCUCUUCCAAGUUCGCGAUCAGAAACCGUUUAUCAAACUCCAGCAUGUCCUGCUGUAGGUGCGUUUCCGAUGAUUCCUGUGCUUGUCUCUCUGGUUCUGGUCCCUUUCGUGGCGAUUUGUCUUUUGAGAAUCUCUCGAAAAUCUCUUCUAGCUUUCGUGAUUUUUCUCUCUGUGAAGCGUAAUGGUUAUCAACGACCCGUCUUGAAACACGGACCAAGGAGUCGUCUGUAGGUAUCGAGUCUCUUUCUGGUGCCCACUCUGAUUUUGGGACAAACGUGAAUCUUGUGGGUUGUGGUGGUUUCGCUUCAGAUGACAGCUUUGGUUGUGGUGGUUUUGAUGAUGGUCUCACUGAAUAGGUCCUUAUCGUGUAAUUCUGAGCUAGCGAUAGCAUGCUCGGCAAGGCCCGCGGCCUCGCAUAGACCUCGGACAUGAGUAUCAUGUCCCCGAAUGCCGCGUUACUUUCCCACUAAAUGUUGAUGGGCUGUGAUUCGUUGAAGCCCGGGACAAAGACAAGACUGCUUCUGUUGGUGUUGAGUGAGUUUGAUGAGAAUCCAACAGCUUGGCACGUGAGCCUGCAUGCAGCCAGCAUGAGACGCAGAGGAAACCAGCUAUGCAGUGCUGGCAUGAGUUCCAUUAUUGCCAAAUCAUUCUUCACAAUGAUCACAAAUGUCUUGAAGCCACACAGAAUGUCCGUUGAUGUCGCCUCGUGUGGUAUCUGUAGAUGCAUGUCAUCGAUGCUAAGAAGCAUGGUUCAACGGCGGAUGAUCGGCGAUAGCGGAUUGUAGUCAAUGGCUACAAAAACGUGGUUGAUAAGCUUAAACCGAGUCAAACCCAAUUGGAAACCACUCACAUCAACAAGAGAGGGACAUGGCAGCUGUUACAGACUAAUAAUGAUAAUCAAUGCAUUGUGGUUUGCUUGGUACGUAG